AAACGUCCUUCUAGAUUUAUGGUUAAUUUUGGGUGAAACUGAAACAUAUUUUAUAAAAAAUUCUGGAAAGAAAGUUACAGACAGAAUAGACGGAAUAAUAUAUUUCAGAGCUAAAAUAAGGCAACAAAAAUCAGAAGAACGAAAUAAAGUUAUAUAAUAGACACAGGCAAUUUUAUGAGAACAUACGUUAUUUUAUUUUUCACCAUUGUCACUUCACCUUCCAGUUCAGUUGGUGGCGGUAAUGCGCCAAACGUUAGCUUCCCCACCGCCAAUGAACUUUACAAGAAGAAGAAGAAGAAAUGACAACAACAUGGUGGUUCGCUGUGUAUUUGGUUGCGCUCUUCCUCAUGUUCUCUUUUCUAUCCCUAAACGACCCACUUUGCGUUCCCGCUGGCUCGAAUUCCUUCAUUUUGAAGAAGGAGGAAUAAAUGAUUAUUCGCGUGUGUGCGCAAGGCAUUUUACAAAAGACUGCUUCACGAAUUUGAGACAAUAUGAGAUGGGCAGCGCCAGCUGUCUGGAUCUGACAGACACUGCUGUGCCAUCUCUGUACACGGUUGGAGUGUCAAUCAAUGUGAAGCCACUUACACGAGACGUGGCAUGCCAGUGUUCCGUCACAUCUGUGAGGAGCGCUGGAGCGCAAGCUGCCAUCCCACAUCCAAAGACUAAACGACGGAGUAAAGCGAUUCAAGUCAAACUUUUUGGCUCGUCUGUGUCCUGCUCUACGAGGGAUUUUGGCUCCAUCUUCAAUGCUCCGUUUCUGACAUCUGCUCCAACUAAAAGGUCACGUUUGGAUGAUAGCGCGGAUGAGAUCAACAACACUUCGUUGAGUACACUAAGGGAAUCAACAACGUGUGAUUCUACAUAUAAGUCUCAUGUGACUACAAAGAGGACAAUCAAAAGAGAGGUUUGCCAACCGCUCUACUGUACGCCUUGAGCUUGGGUGACAACAUGGUUGUGGACAUACAGUUAGUGCAGAGUUAUGAGGUGGGUGCUAGCUCUCGGAUGGGACUAGAAGGAUUCAAGAGGAGCAUCAACAUCUUCAAAUCUGCAGGGAUGAAGAUUGGUGCACUUGUCACUGAUCGCCACCCUUCAUUUCAAAAGUACAGGUAUCCAGUAUUAUUAUGUCACAUGAUGGCAUGUUUCAAAAGGUAUGUCCUUUUUAACAUGAUACAAAAACAGGAGAAGCAUCUGUAUAUAUAAUAUUUGUGUGAAAAUCAGACAAGCAGAUGAAAUUGAAACAAAUGUUUUCUUAUUUGAAAGGAAAUUUAUCUGACACAAUCAAGAGCAUCUUCUGGUGUUUUCAUCCAGAGAUUUUUUUAUAUGUGAACAGAGCUUAUGAAUGAUUUAUCUGCACACAUCAGUUUUCUUGUUUGUGUACUGUAAUCCUUUAUAAGUAAUAGUGACAUGCCAUGCAAAUUGUUCACAGGUGUAUCAUUUACUACAUAUUUUAGAUUACCAUUGGAGAUGGUGGUCUAGUGGGUUAAACCACUGAACUGAUAAAUCAAAAAGGUUGCUGGUUCGAUCCCAGCAGCCACCACCAGUGUGUCCUUGAGCAAGACACUUUACUCCAUGUUGCUCCAGGGGGAUUGUCCCUGUAAUAAGUGCACUGUAUGUCGCUUUGGAUAAAAGCGUCUGCCAAAUGACUAAAUGUAAAAUGUAAAUGUACUGUGAUCCUAAAGUGUCACAUUAAGAUGUUGUGCCAUUGAUUUCCUAUCAGCGUGCCCACAGGUGCCAAUAGGUGGCUGACCCCUGGUGUAGCUUAUACACACAUCAUGAUGUAUAUAUUUAUAAACAAAACUGUAUUAUUUUAAUGUAUAUUACUGAAGCUAUUACUAUUAAUAGUUGAAUUGCGCUGUGACUGUCAUACAAUAUGAAAAUAAAAAUUUGGUUAAUUAUGUGAA